AUGCGGCCGCAUUGCCCAUUAUUGACACUUGUUGUCUUCUGUUGCAUUCAGCUGGUCGCUUCUCAAGAAGAUCAGGAACUACAUCCGCAACCAGUAUGCUCUGUUAAUCAGAUAUUUAAUGGAAAAAAUUGCGUAUGCGCUCCCGGUUACUUUUCGUCGCACGACAAGGCGUCUAAAUCACGAUGUGAGGAUGAAUGCGAAGAGGUUUAUUCGACACUCUUCACUUACGGUACCUGUGUGAGCAACAUUUUUGCCAGAAUGGAACCCGAACAGCGACCUGACUGUGAUUUGAGAUGUGGAAUGCGCGUGCGCACCUUGGUUUCUGUCGGAACGAUUCUUGUUUUUGCCGCUUCGAUAGCUACAUUGCUGUUUACCUUGCCGAUGUGUAUUGCAUCUUGUGCUUCUUGUCUCAACGCCAAGAAGGCAAAUCGGAACGCAAAACGGGUAUUUGCGGAAACUCAAGCCGCACCGUCGAAGGAUACCCAAAUGCAGACGUUGUCUUAUAAUCCAUACGCUUAUUGGCCAUAUUAUGGUCGAGGCUGA